UUGACUGCCAAUAAAGUACGAGGCAUCGUCGCGUGCAGACGUGCGUCAAACUAAGUACGCGUAGACAACUGGCAAACGGUGUUUAGAAACGCGCGCAAGAAGAGUUUUGAUUGCGAAUUUUCGCUGUACGAAUCGAAACGAAAGUGAAUUUGCAGCAGCAAAAAAAAUAAAAUAAAAAUAAAAAUAAUAAAAUAAAAAGAAAAAAGUGAAAUAGGAAAAACGGGAAGAGUAACAACGGUGUCGCAAAAGAGAGCGAAAGUGUUUUUCAUGCGUACAUACAUACAGACAUUGAUUUGUGCGUAGCAUAAAGUAGCUUGAAAUAUAGAAAUAUUAAAAAAAAGAUAUAUUUUUUUUUGAACAUAUAAAAAUGCUGUUGACUUUGUGGCGACGCGUCUAUGUCCUUGCGACUGCACUUCUAUUGUGUAGUUACUUAACGCCAAGUUACGCUUGGAAACCCAUAGUAGGCGGUGCGUUUACCACUACCUUCAAUCUACAACAAUCACAUCCGGGUUCCGCGACUAGCGCGAAAUCACUAACACUCGGCGGCAGCAGCAGCAGCAGCAGCGGUAGCAGUGGCGGCAGUUCAGCUGAAAGUGCUGAAUACUCCACAUCGCCCUUAUUGCCACAGGAGGCGGCGAGUAAGGUACUCAGUGGUGUUGGCGAUGCCGUGGCAAUUGCAGCGCCACUGACGUCACAUGCUGGUCUUAAAUUCGAAAGUGAUGAGUUUGAGUAUGAACGUGAUCUCUUUGGCGGCGGUGAUUAUAGGGAGGAUCAUUGCGCUGUGAAGAAAUUCGCUUUCAAUCAUGAUGGUAUCGUUACAUAUGAAAAUGAUUUGCCUGCUUUGAAUCAAUUCACAAUUUGUUUUUGGUCGCGUUACACUAAUCACAGUGGCGAUCACGUGCUGCUGACCUAUGCGGUUAAGGAUGAACCGCGUGAAUUUCAGUUUUGGGUUUCGAACUCAAAAAAUUCCAGUUUCACUUCGAUGGCCAUAAAAGGCCAACAGAUUUAUAGACUCAAUUAUCCGUUGCGUGUGCGCCAAUGGCAUCAUCAUUGUACAUCAUGGAAUGGCAAGACAGGUGAAUGGCAGGUCUGGGUGAAGUCGGAGCGUAUUGGACGUGGCUUUAAUAAUGCGCUGGUUGGCCAUACAGUGCCUGCAAAGGGCAAACUCUACUCGGGCGGCCCAUCGUCGACGGGCGCCUUAUCGCAAGGCCUACAUUUCGAGAUCACCUUGGUGCAGAUAUAUCACAUUGCAUUGAGCGCGGGCAAGGCGCAUCGUGAUCAUAAGCAUCAUCAUGCGCAUCAUUUCGAUUUCGAGGGUAAGGAGUUGGUAACGACGACGAGAGCGCCACCUGCGAUAAACCGUCCCUUGCCGAUGCAUAGUCUGUUGGCAAGCGGUCAAAUACCUAGUCGCGUGCGUAUCAAUCUCGCACAACCGCCACAACAGAAAUUACUUGCUCAGCCACAGCAAGUCAUUCCGGCGGCGCAGCCACAGCUACAAGCAGCAUUGGGCGCUGAUAACACGAUUUUCCCGCUCUCCGAUCAACAGCAAGCCGUCACAAUCAAUACCAAUUUUGUCAACGGCCAAAUCAAUGCCGGCUCUCGUCUGGUCACACAACAGCUGCUCGGUCACAUCGGUCAGCCGCCUAGUGGCGUGGUGUCGUCGUCGUUGCAACAACCGAAAACUGUGCAAACCAGCUCUACAACACGCGAAUACAGCACACUAAAUAAUCCAGCCAAUGUGCAGUUUAUUGAUGAGACUGAGACACGCAUUAUCUUCAAGCGUCAGGCUGAGAGCAAUAACACGAGUGCGUCAUUUGGCGGCGAGAAAGUGUUGCGUAAGCGCGCCGUCAAUGCUGUACGCACACGUCCGGCGCAGAAGAACCUGCAGAAACGUGGUUUGGUUUUGCUGGAGGACGGCAGCGUUGUGGACGAUCCGUUGUUCGGUAGUAGUUUCAAGUAUGACGGCUUGGCGGAGUUCGGUGGGCAACAGUUCAAACACGAUUUAACACUGAAAAUGAAUAUCGAAGAGGAGGUGCACGAGCACGAUCGCGAACCGGCCGAGGAGGAGGUGAAAGCCGUGAUGGCGCUAUGUAGCGCUUGUGAUACGGAACCAUUCCAGGGUGCGAUAGUGUUUGCAUGGAAGGAUGUUAAGGAGGAUAUGGAUAAUACGCUCAAGGGACUGAGUGUGGGUGGUUGUGGCAAUUUUUGAUUGCGCUGACGCGUGCAUAAGGCAGAACGCACUAGUCAGCAGGUUGUUCAUACAUACAUAUAUGCAUACAUACAUAUACGAUACUUAGCGGCGCUAGAGAGAGUCCCGUGUGUUGACGCAUUUUCAAAACGCAUUUAUUUACCGGCGGUGAUCGUGCGCCUGCUGUAGGCGCUUUCGAUCCAGCCGUACAUUAAUUAGUAGAAUUUUUUUUUUAGAAAAUACUUUUUUGUAUUGUAUUUUUCUGUACAU